AUGAGUUCCCAGGACUACUACAACCAAGGCCAUCAGCCUCAUUACCCCCAACAACCUCCCCAAGGUUAUUACCCCCCUCAACAGGGACAAUACCCGCCAGGCUAUCCUCCUCAACAGCCGCAAGGCUAUGCUCCACCGCAGCAGCCGUAUCAACCUCCACAGCAAAUGCCGUACCAAGAACAGCCUCGUCAGAAGAAGGACCGUGGAUGUCUUGGUGCUUGUCUUGCCACCCUCUGCUGCUGCUUCCUUUGCGAAGAGACCUGCGAGUGCUGCUUUGAUUGCAUCGAAUGCUGCGAAAUGUGCUAA